GUGUUUUUAUUUUUGAUUUAAGUGAUUGUAGGGUUAGAUGGUAGGGUAUUUGUCUAUUUAUUUGUCUAUUUUUUUAAGCAAAGUAUAAAGGAGUUGUACUCCAUUCUAGGAGGCGGUAAUGCAACAUUUAUUCGAUGCCAACCGACGUUAAACCUCAUCGAAGAAGAACCUUUUCGGUUGGACGCCUUUACUGAAUAAGCGUUUUCCUAUUGGAGCGGUAUUGUGGUAGGAAAAGGUGUCGGAUGCUUCAGCAGAAGAACUUACAUUCAUCAAAGUGAUCCUAGCAAUGAGAAGAGCAAAGCAUGUUACUGAAGCUGUGCUCUGUGAUUCUACUCAUCAUCCAGAUGGAUACAGAAAGUACACAGGUGAUUGGAGGACGCAGGACUGUAGUACUGGGGGAGGAUGUGGACUUAUCCUGCAGACUGAUAGAGACAGACGAGGAGCUUGAACAGAUAACAUGGCAGAAAAGUACUUGGGAAGAAACACAGAACCAUAAUUUUAUGCUGAUUCAUCCCAAUGGGGUUACUAAGUUUAUUGCACCAAAUGGAUUGGCAGGUAGAGUCCAGUUUAUUGGGAACCCAUCAGAAAACCUUGGAUCUAUUAGAAUAACAGCUGUCAGACUGCUUGAUGAAGGCACCUUCACAUGUAUCUUCAGUGUUUUCCCCAGUGGCGCAUACACUACAGAGAUACCCCUGACUGUGCUUGUCCCUCCAGUGGUGAAUGUGACAGUUGAUAUUCCUCCUGUCAUUGGGGAGAAUGAGGUUGUAUUUGCAACCUGUGUGGCUGCUGGAGCCAAGCCACAGGCAGAAGUGACGUGGAAGACAGGUGCAUUCGGCAGUUUGUUGAGGAUAGUGACCAACUCUACCCAGCACGCCAACGGCACCACCACAGUACUCAGCCACCUGCUUGGGGUACCAACCAAGGCAGCCAAUCAGCAGCAGGUCCAGUGUGUGGUCAACCAGUCUGCCCUGGUAACAGAGAAGACCUACAACUACAGCAUAAACAUCCACUAUCCACCUCAGUCAUUGAACGUUACCCUUAGUGAGACCUCUAAAACCACAGUCUUACUAUGUGUAGCAGAUGGUAACCCACAACCCAACUACACCUGGAGCAGGUUGGUCCAGCCAUGGCCUGGGUCUUCGGUGAGAGCAGAGGGAGACAAACUGCACCUCCUCAGUCUCAACUCUGAGCUGAAUGGUCUCUAUGUCUGUGAGGCCUCCAACCCUUACGGACGAGCAACUGGCUCCCUCUAUGUACACAUAUCCUCUGAGACCUCUGCUGCCUGUUGGGUUCUACUGGUCAUUCUAUGUCUGAUUGUUUCUGCUGCACUUGUAUGGUACUGGUGGAAAUACAGACAGUUUCCUUGGAGUUCAAUUGUGGCCAAGGCACCAGAACAGACUAUAUCAAUAUCUUCCAAGACGAGGAGACAUGACAAGGUUGAGGAAGGUGAAGAUGACCCAUUGGCUGCGACUGUCCAAACCAGGAAGGAGCCUGAGGAGGAGGAAGAAGUAUCAUGAUGACAUUGGAAACCUCGAUUCCAUCACCGCUUCACCCAGUGCUGGUCCUCGUUUCAGAUUUUUGUUCCCCUCUCGUGGACUCCGCCUUGCCGUGGUUGAGGGGCUUUGUUGCUUCAGCGGGAACAAGAACUCUCCUGUAUGUAUGAAUGUACAGUAUGUAUGUACAGUGCUUUCAGAAAGUAUUCAUACCCCUUGACUUAUUCCAUAUUUUGUUGUGUUACAGCCUGAAUUUCAAAUGGAUAAAAAAUCAUUUUUCCUCACUCAUCUACACAUAAUAACCCAUAAUGACAGAGUGAAAACAUAUUUUUUGAAAUGUUUGCACAUUUAUUGAAAACGAAAUACAGAAAUAUCUCAUUUACAUAAGUGUUCACACCCAUAAGUCAAUACAUGCUAGAAUCAUCUUUGGCAGUGAUUACAGCCGUAAGUCUUUCUGGCUAAGUCUCUUAGAGCUUUGCACACCUGGAUUGUACAAUAUUUGGACAUUAUUAUAAUUCUUUAAGCUCUGUCAAGCUGGUUGAUCAUUGCCAGACAGCCAUUUUCAAGUCUUACCAUUAAUUUUCAAGCCAAUUUAAGUAAAAACUGUAACUAGGCCACUCCCGAACAUGUAAUGUCGUCUUGGUAAGUAACUCCAAUGUAUAUUUGGUCUUGUGUUUUAGGUUAUUGUUCUGCUUUAAUGGGAAUUUGUCUCCCAGUAUCUGUUGGAAAUCAGAGUGAACCAGGUUUUCUUCUAGGACACUGCCUGUGCUUAGCUCUAUAUCCAUUUAUUUUUAUACAAAAAGAAACUCCCGAGUUGUUGCCGAUGACAAGCAUACCCAUAACAUGAUGCAGCCACCACCAUGCUUGAAAAUACAGUAUGAAGAGUGGUUCUCAGCGAUGUUUUGUGUUGGAUUUGCCCCAAACAUAGUACUUUCUAUUCAGGACAUAAAGUUAAUUUCUUUUCACUUUAGGAUGCACAUGAUGCAUCAUAAUUGCAAUAUUUUUUGGAAUAUUUUUUUCUGUAGAAAGUUUCCUCCUUUUCACUCUGUCAUUUAGAUUAGAAUUGUGGAGUAACUACAGUGUUGUUGAUCCAUCCUCAGUUUUCUCCUAUCACAGCCACUAAACUCUAACUGUUUCAAAAUCACCAUUGGCCUAAAGGUGAAAUCCCUGAGCGGUUUCCUUCCUCUACUACGGCAACUGAGUUAGGAAGGACGCCUGUAUCUUUGUAGUGACUGUGUGUAUUGAUACACCAUCCAAAGUGUAAUUAAUAACUUCACCAUGCUCAAAGGGAUAUUCAAUAUGUCUGCUUUUUUGACCCGUCCACCAAUAGGUGCCCUUCUUGCAAGGCAUUGGAAAACCUCCAUGGUCUUUGUGGUUCAAUCUGUGUUUGAAAUUCACUGCUAGACUGAGGGACCUUAUAGUAACUGUAUGUGUGGAGUACAGAGAUGAGGUAGUCAUUCAAAAAAUCAUUUGAAACACUUAUUGGACACAGAGUGAGUCCAUGUAACUUAUUUUGUGACUUGUUAAGUAACUUUUUUCUCCUGAACUUAUUUAGGCUUGCCAUAACAAAGGAGUUGAAUAAUUAUUGACUCGAGACAUUUCAGCUUUUCAUGUAUUUUUUUAUUUGUACACAUUUCUAAAAUCAUAAUUCCACUUUGACAUUAUGGGGUAUUAUGUGUAGGCCAGUGACACAACAUCUAAAUGUAAUACAUUCAGACUGUAACACAACAAAAUGUAGAAAAUGUCAAGGGGUGUGAAUACUUUCUGAAUGAAAUGUACUGUAAGUGUUGAAGCCAACUAAAGGGAGCCCUGGUAUAAGCUAAAUGACAUAUGUAUGAAAUGGAGAACCUUGUCAGUAACUACUACUGUACACACACCUUUGGCUGAUGGUACUUCUUGCAGCGGCUCCAAAAUUAAUUCCUUUAUAUUAUGCGGUUAUGCAGUUUUGGUACAGCGAGCAGUUAUACUGUAAAAGGAACCAUGAAACCAAGUGAUCCACUGGGAACAUAAGCUCCACUAACAGCUGCCUUAUGAUCCACGUAUUAACCCUAUCCCUGAUGAACCCUGUGUUAUUUGUUGAUUUAGACUAGCAUUAGUGUAGCAUGGCAUUUUUGGCCACCGGUGUCAAGUCCUGACCAUAGUAAGUUGUUAUUUUCUAUGGUAGAGUAGGCCAGGGCAUGACGGGGUGUUUGUCUGUUUUUGUAUUUCUAUGUUCAGUUUCUAGUUUUGUAUUUCUAUGUUGGUUUUGUUUGGUAUGAUCUCCAAUUAGAGGCAGCUGGUUGUCUCUAAUUGGAGGUCAUAUUUAAGCUGAUGUUUGUCCCACUUGUUUUUGUGGGUGAUUAUAUUUUGAGUAGUGUGUUUUCUCUCUGCGUCACGGUUUGUUGUUUU